CACUUGCAGAAACCAACAAUGGCCGCCCACGGGCAGAUUUUCACCUCUUUACUCGUCAUAUUUUUGGGCACUUCUUUGAUUCAGGCUGAAAUCAGCCCGAAUUUUGAUGUGUCAAACGUCGAGGAGAGUGUUCCGGUGCUGCUGUGGCAGUCGCCGUCUCUCAAGGGCCAGGAAACGACUGUAAAAGAGUCCCCGAAAAAAGCGGCGGCCGGGCUCGAGAAGGUGGACGACGAGCUUUUUUCCACCUUGCUGAAGGAAAUAAUCACUGCCAAAGCCGGAAAGCCUCUGAUUCUGCUGUUCCUCGAAGAGAAUCUCAGCUCUGAAGACUUCCUCACAGACGAAGAGAAAGUUUUCCCUCAUUUGCAGAAAAUAAUCAACAAGUCGAAGGACACCGUAUAUCUGCCAUCUGUUGUCUCUCCAACCACAGCUUUGAAGGAACUGGACCAGAAUGGAUACACCUGGUUGCCUUACAACUCGGAUGAACUGCCAGAGAGCGAGUCCAUCAUCCUGGUCAUCAACCUGGACGACGCCCAGGAAGGCGAAAGCAGGCCUGAAAUGCUCUCGAGACACGACCAGAAGAUCAACACCAUUUACAAUAGUGCCCUGAAGGUGUUCAACAACGUUCUUGGAAUUUACACUUCCCGCUAUUCAUCUUGGAAUUCAGCCGAGGUUGCUCUUCAUCGUGUUCGUCGACAGGCCGUGGUUCCCAUUAAAGUCGGCAACGGCACAAUUUUUACGGACAAAGACAAGAAGGUUGUUUUGCACAUGAACAGCGCCCCAAUCUUAAUUAUGAACAACAACAAGCCUAUGCCACUCUCCGACGCCACCACAAUUACGGUUGAUGAAAAGGAAGACUUGCAAACUCUCAGCAUUGUUUUCUCCACUCCGAGCAAAGUAACUCUACGGUUACGCUUUCCAGAACUUUACAGAGGCUACUGGAAUUUGGGUGAGGUGGAAGUAGAAAAUGGAGCCACCCCCGUUGUCCUCUCACUGAAAAAUAACAUCACGGUUCCUAGGAAUUUCUCUUACCACUGCAGCGCUUUCAAUACGACAUUCCGAGAUGCAAAUAAUUCACUUAUUUUCACUGAUUUUCAGGUGGAGCCGUACAAUUACCGAGUUGGCUUCAGUGACCCCUACGACUGCAGCUACUUCUUCACAAUCCCCAUUUUGUCUGGCCUGUUCUGCACAGGCUUCUUAGCGAUUAUCAUGGCCUGGGGCCUGUCCAUGAUUCUGGACAUAAAGACCAACGACAGGUAUGAUGAUCCCAAGGGCAAGACCAUCACCGUCACGGCCACCGAUUAAAUUCUAAAGUCGAGCUUCCAGAUUAAAUUUCAGCAGUCAAUUGUAUAUACUUAUCACCACAGAUGUUGUUAAAGAUCAUGUAAAUGAAUGUGUAAUCAUGUACUGGAGUUGGUAAUCCUCACUAACAAUCUGUUACGAGAUGUUGCUUUAUAGACAGGAAUCGUGAAAAACUGAAACGCACAAAAUGUUCAUGUUAUGAAGAGCGGAUUCUUGUCUUGAAAGGAGUAUUAUUAGAGAAAUUGGGCAACUAGGAAUCAGAAUCUCCAAUAUGGGUCUUGAGCGAAUUUGUAUAAUUGUCGAUACUUCCCGUUGUAACAUAUCAAAGGAUCUAAACCACAACUUCGAUAAUAAUCAUGUAAAGUGUUGAAAUUUUUUAGUAUUAUUAUAAUGUUGAACGUGCUUAUUCAUAGGAGGUGAAUGUAUACUGUGGCGUUUUAUUCCAUUUAUUUUGUGAUAUUUAUGUGCAUUCUGCCGAAAUCUCAUUUUUGAACAACAAAGUAAUGGUGCAUCAAUCUAACAGAUGAUCUGUGUAUAGGAAAUUCCAUAUUAUUUUUUUGAUUGUAAUUCAAUAUAAUAAUUGCUGUCAAUUACUGAUAUUAAUCAUGAAGAUCAAUGGUAGCUCAAUGUACUAGCCAUGGAAAAAUACGAACUAAUAUUUAUGAUUGAAACAUGGGUGUACGUUCUUGUGUAACCAAUCAUUGUGUAUAGAAGAUGAUUAAUGUUGGAAAAAGUAACAAAUAAAGCACAAAUUGUUAGAACAGGA